CAAUCUAAGCUAACUGCAUCGUCUAAAGAGGGGGUAAAAAAAGAAGAAAACUAUCUUUUUCAGCGAAUACUUCAUUCUGCUGUUGAUGAAACACUAAAGUAAUUCCUAUGUGUUAAAAUUUUACAACUGCGUUUGUGAAAUACGCCGUGUUGCUACACAAGCUGGACUUCACGUCAGGAUCCUCUAACUCAGAAAACUAGAUGACGCUGAACGCCUCGCCUGGAGCCUCCUUUCCCGCGGACCCCAGCACCCGCGCGCCGUGCAGAGCUGCAGUCGCCCCUCCAUGCCUGUGAUCCCCAUCCCACGGCGCGUGCGCAGCUUCCAUGGGCCCCACACCACCUGCAUGCACUCGGCCUGCGGGUCGACGCACACGUCCAAGCUAGUGCGCACCAAGUACAACAACUUCGACCUGUACCUGCGCUCGCGCUGCAUGUACAGCUUCCUGCGCUUCCUGCUGUACUUCGGCUGCAGCCUGCUGACCUCUCUGCUCUGGGUGUCGCUCUCCGCCCUCUUCUUCGCGCAGUACGUCAGCGUCCGCGUCCUGCUGCGGCUGCAGUACAAACUGUCCGUCAUUCUGCUCCUGCUGGGGCACCAGCGCCUGGACUUCGGGGUUUUCAACGACCUCAUCAUCUACAGCAUGCAGAUCACCAUGUUUCUGGUGGGGGGGCUCGGCUGGUGCUUUAUGGUGUUUGUGGACAUGUAGCUGAGUGUAUCAAACAAUGCACACCUGUAGCAGAACGCGUGGGACUAUUUUUCCAAUCAAGAAAAGUUGUGUUUUAUAAUGUCUUUUAUUUUGAAGGGAGAUGAACACCCUUUGACAUAAUACCCAAUUUCUGUCAUUUCAUGAUUUGUUGAGUAAAAACCUAUCAAAAGCGAAUCAAUCAGAACAUGAUCCGUUUUAGAUAAAGAAGGGACCAGCAAUAUUCUUUAUUUAUUUGUUUCGUGCUAUUGUUCACACAUUUUUGAUGGAGUAAACAUUGUUUACAGUCAGACAAACUCGUUGUGGCAUCAUGACUGAUGUGUUGUUAGUUUUCGUGCCAACAACUACUUAAUUUGCACUCAAAGCAGCAAAAUGUGGAUGUGGAUACAAUGUUAUGUAAGUAUGUAUUCAUAUCAGACAUAAAAGUGAAUUAUGAGGAUAAUGUAAGCAAGCUGGGAUGUUUAGAUGUUCAGUUUGUGGGAGGAGGAGUCUGAGUGUCACACUGACAUUUUUGUAAUGUUGUUUGAUACAUUUUCGACCCAUAAACAGUUUAAAACGCAUAA